AAUAUCGAAUUUCCAGAUAAAAAGAAACAAAGGGAUAAAAGUAAAGUUUUAAAACGAAAUUAAUUAAGACCGAGUCGAAAAAGUGUUGGUGUAUUUUUUAUUGUAAUGUUAGCGUGAUCGUGAAGUUAUUGCCCCACAAACUCGCCCACAAAUAUUUACAAAAGUUUAUUGCAUUCGAAAGAGAAGAGUGAAAAUCAAUUAAACAAAAAUUAAAAAAAAUAAAAGUUUAUUAUCAUUACUGGAUCAUACACGCAGUUAUCGGCCGUCUUGGUGUUUUACUAACCAUGAAAACGUUGGAAAGUGUGCCGAUCAAAGAAAAUAAUUAACGAAUUCUGUGGAGAGCGGCACAGAAAAGUGCGAGUGCGUGUAAACAAAAGCAGUGGCCAAAAUGGCAGCCAGUGAAAACCAAAUUUGAUAAGCUACAGCAACAGGUCAUUGUUCUUUGCCACUAGUGAAAAUCAGAUCGUAUUUAAGCAGUCCAAAGUUUUCAUAGAUAUUCAACUAUUAUUUCUGUGCAACGAUCCAAUUACGAACAUUUAUGGCUGGCAGCUCUACACUUAAUUGAAAGACUAACAUGCGCCCGGCACGUUACCGAUGAAGCAAACAACUUUAAUCAGAUACAGACACAGAACCGCAGCCCCGAAGAUGUGGCCCAAACAGCGUUGGCUAGUCAACAGAGCAACUGCAGCGAUACCAGCGAGGAGCAGACACCAAAUAGUAGAAGUAUUAUUAGUAGGCUUAAUCUUAGUCAAUUGCCUUGCCUUAGCGACGGCGGCGCUUAUCACACCACCAGGCAGUAGCAGGGGGAACGUCGGCAGCAACAGCUAUGAUUACGAGUCCACAAAUGAGGAUGACAGCACAUCCUUGCCCAGUUUCUAUCGCAGUCCCCAUCGACUGGAUGGCUACUAUACGCCAGCAGAUCUACAGCGCAGCCACAAUUUCAAGAUAAGCCCCAAGCCGUGCUCCUUUGGACGCAUUGAGGGCACCUGCAUGUUCGUCUGGGAGUGCAUUAAAUCCGAAGGCCAGCACGUGGGCAUGUGCGUUGACUCGUUCAUGUUUGGCUCCUGCUGUGCCCACAACUAUACCGACAACAUCGUAUUGCCACACACCGCCUUCUCCUACACGCGACCCACCAAGCCCCUGUCACUGCGGCCGCGACCGCCACCACAGCCGCACAAGCCGCUAAUCAGCGGUAUGACAACUAUAGAGCGUCCUCAUGGUGCAGGAACACUGGUUAUUCGUCCUUCGGGUCCGGUACAUCAGGGCACUCUAUCCAGGCCGCAUCCGAAGCCGACGACGCCGCCAGAUUUGCAGAGUGCGGCUAGCCAGGCAACGAGCAGUUCGAAUAGUAUUUGGCAUACAUCAACGCACCAGCAGACGUUGCAGCAACAGCCACAGCACCAUCACUGGCACAUGACCACUGAGCCAAGCUUUAUUACCAAGCCGCGACCCACCGGCUGGACCAAGCCUGGCAUCGUCAAUUUGCCAGCGCCCAUGCGCCCCUCAAAGCCGCCAAAACCCACAAAGAAGCCGAUUGUCUACGAGCGGCCACCGCCAACGCCGCUGCUGACGACGUCGUCGUCAACGACAAUGAUGCUGCCAGGACAGACGAGUCCGAAACCCAAGCCCAAACCCAUGCCGACCAGGCCUCAGCUGUCGCCCGGCACAUCAUUAGCCACGUCCUCCUCAUCAACGGCGACAACAACAACAACAACGAAGGGUACAACUACCACAAAAGCAACAACGACCACAACAACAACAACCACUAGGAAACCCACAAAGCCCUACCAGAGGCCCACCACAACGGGCACGACUACAACAUCCACAUCCACGACAGUAACGGCCGGAACAGCAUCAGCAGCAGCAGGAGCACCAGCUGUGGCAUCAACCUCGACCAGUCCAACAGCACAGCAGCCCACACGGCAGCCUAUAGUACAGCAGCCGGCAACGGCGGGUAUUGAAUCCAAUGAGAUAACGGACUCCUCCACACAUGAUGCCGGCACAGCCAUGCUGGGCCACGUGAAGACCAUUUCGGCUGCACGAAGCGAAUGCGGAGUACCGAUGCUGACGCGUCCAGAGACGCGCAUUGUGGGCGGCAAGAGUGCGGCAUUCGGUCGUUGGCCCUGGCAGGUGUCUGUGCGACGCACCUCGUUCUUUGGCUUCUCCAGCACCCAUCGCUGCGGUGGCGCUUUGAUCAACGAGAACUGGAUAGCAACGGCGGGGCACUGUGUGGACGAUCUGCUCAUAUCGCAGAUACGCAUACGCGUGGGCGAAUACGAUUUCUCACAUGUGCAGGAGCAGUUGCCUUACAUAGAGCGCGGCGUGGCCAAGAAGGUGGUGCAUCCGAAGUACAAUUUCUUUACGUACGAAUACGAUCUGGCGUUGGUGAAGCUGGAGCAGCCGCUCGAAUUUGCGCCGCAUGUCAGUCCCAUUUGCCUGCCCGAAACGGAGAGUCUGCUGAUUGGCAUGAAUGCCACGGUCACCGGCUGGGGUCGCCUCAGCGAGGGCGGUACGCUGCCCUCGGUGCUGCAGGAGGUGUCAGUGCCCAUUGUAAGCAAUGACAAUUGCAAGUCCAUGUUUCUGCGCGCCGGUCGCCAGGAAUUCAUACCAGAUAUCUUUCUAUGCGCUGGCUAUGAAACGGGCGGCCAGGACUCCUGCCAAGGCGACUCAGGUGGCCCCUUGCAGGCCAAAUCCCAGGAUGGCCGCUUCUUUCUAGCUGGCAUCAUUUCCUGGGGCAUUGGAUGCGCCGAGGCCAAUUUGCCGGGCGUCUGUACGCGCAUCUCGAAGUUUGUGCCCUGGAUACUGGAGCAUGUCAGAUGAUAAUUAUCGUGCAUCGUUUACAUCGUGCAUGCUCAACUCUUGUUAUUGUUUUAAUUUAUUAGUUGUCUAUAUUUAAGUUUGUGUGAUUUUAAUUUAAAGGAAUCUUAAGCUUAGUUAGCUUCAAUUUAACAAUUUGCAUCGACCGAACUUGUGCGAAAUUCGCCACUUCCCCACACACUUAGUCAAACCCACUAAGUUAGUCUAGCGAAAAUUGUUUGUAGGCUGAUCUUAAGUUGUCUAACAUAAUUCGAAUCGUACUAAAGGAUAUAAUGGCAUCGAUAUUUGUAUAUAGUGGUAAAAACGAAAAAACAAAAUAAUAGAAAA